CUUUUUGAGUCACUGUUGCACUGAAUGAUUGCAGUUCUCAGGGAGGGAGGGAAGAAUAAAGCGGGAACAAAAAUUUCAUCUUUUGAUCAGCAAGUAAAUGCGAAGAAGCCGAAGCCGGAGCCUCACCCAAACCUAGCCAGCAGCCAGUAGCCAGAUAACCAAUCUUGUCCGUGACCUCACUAUUUUGUCGAUCCCCCGUUCAAUACCAAACAUGAACAAUUUCAACCCCCCCGCCCUCUCUCUCUCUCUCUCUCUGAGUAUAGACAAAUACAAUGCUUUUUCACUGCUGCUGCUUCCAAUAACAACAAUGCCCACUCACUCACUCACUCUCCCCACACAGUAUCAAAAUGUGUGAUCUGACCGCUGUUCCUUGACGCUUGGGAAUUCAUUCACGGAGCGAAACCGAUUCGAUAAUUUUGGCUCUCUUUUGCCUAAUCUCGCACCAAUAAUGCUUCUCUUGAUCCUGCUUCUCUGUACCCACUUCCCCUCUCUGGCUCAUUCUCUGAACCAAGAAGGCCUCCAUCUUCAGGAGUUCAAGCUCGGCUUUGAUGACCCUGACGGCGUCUUCUCAAACUGGAACGUCGGCGACGAUAAUCCCUGUGGCUGGUAUGGGAUCACCUGCGACUCGGCUACUAACUCCGUCAUCUCCGUCAAUCUUCCCUCCGCCAACAUCGCUGGCCACUUCCCGCCGGUCCUCUGCCGCCUGCGGAGCCUCAGUUUCCUCUCUAUCUACAACAACUCUGUCAACUCCACUCUGCCGGAGGAAAUCUCGGCCUGCCGGAGUCUCAAACAUCUCAAUCUCGCACAGAACUUCCUCGCCGGCGAGCUCCCGAGCUCCCUGGCUGAGCUACCGGAUCUCAGGCACCUCGAUUUGACGGGCAACAACCUGUCUGGCCACAUUCCGGCGAGCUUCGGGAGAUUCCGGCGUCUCGAAGCGCUCUCUCUGGUCGAGAACCUCCUCGACGGCCCAAUGCCUGCGUUUCUAGGGAACGUGUCGUCUCUCAGAGAGCUAAACCUGUCAUACAACCCGUUUUCCCCGAGUCGGAUCCCACCGGAGCUCGGCAACCUGACGAAUCUCGAGAUCUUGUGGCUCACCGACUGUAAAUUGGUAGGUCGGAUUCCUGACUCGCUGGGUCGGCUCAAAAGACUCACCGACUUAGACUUGGCUAUCAACAACCUGAAUGGCCCGAUUCCGAGCUGGCUCACUGAGUUGUCCAGCGUCGUCCAAAUAGAACUGUAUAACAACUCGAUAACAGGCGAGUUGCCGGCGACGGGGUGGUCCAACAUGACCGCAUUGCGAUUGUUCGACGCGUCGAUGAACGAGUUGACUGGGACGAUUCCCGACCAGUUGUGCUCGUUGCCACUCGAAUCGUUCAACCUAUACGAGAAUCAUUUCGAAGGUAAGUUGCCGGAAAGUAUUGCGAAAUCGCCGAAUCUGUACGAGCUAAGAUUGUUUAGUAAUCGGCUCACCGGAGAGCUGCCGAGAGAUCUUGGAAAGAAUUCGCCGUUAUUAUGGAUUGAUGUGUCGGGAAACCACUUCUCCGGCGAUAUACCGGCGAGUUUGUGCCAAAAAGGCUUUUUAGAAGAGCUUCUGAUGAUAGACAACUCUCUUUCGGGUGAAAUUCCGGCCAAUUUGGGGGAAUGCCGGAGCCUGAGGCGAGUCCGCUUGGGAAACAAUAACCUGUCCGGCGAAGUUCCAGCGAGGUUUUGGGGGCUGCCGUAUGUUUACUUGCUUGAGCUGACAAGCAAUUCAUUUUCCGGCGAAAUUGGAAAGACAAUCGCCGGAGCCUCAAAUUUGUCGGCUUUGAUAAUAUCAAAGAACAAAUUUUCCGGCGAUAUACCAGAGGAGAUUGGAUGGUUGGAGAAGUUGAUAGACUUCAGCGGAAGCGACAACCGGUUUACCGGGCGGUUGCCGGAAAGUAUGGUGAAUCUUGGACAGCUUGGGAGGCUUGAUCUUCAUACUAAUGGCUUAACCGGUGAACUUCCAAGUGGAGUGCAUUCUUGGAAGAAGCUCAGUGAGCUAAAUCUAGCUGAUAAUGACUUCCGUGGAAAUAUUCCAGAGGAAAUUGGAAGUUUGCCCGUGCUUAAUUACCUUGAUCUCUCUGGAAACAAACUUUCCGGGAAAAUCCCACUUGGGUUGCAGAAUUUGAAGCUCAAUCAGCUGAAUUUGUCAAAAAAUCGCCUCUCUGGUGGAAUUCCUCCUUUGUAUGCUAAGGACAUUUAUAAGGACAGUUUUCUGGGUAAUCCGGGUUUGUGUGCCGACAUGGCUGGUUUGUGUGAUGGCAGAAGCGGAGAUAAGCAUUUGGACUAUGUUUGGAUGCUUCUUUCGAUGUUCACGCUUGCAGGAUUUGUGUUUAUGGCGGGCGUUGCUUGGUUCUACUGGAAGUACCGGAACUUCAAGAAAGGAAAGAGAGGUUUUGACAAACCAAAAUGGUCAUCGAUGUCGUUUCACAAACUGGGUUUCAGCGAAUACGAGAUCCUGGAUUGUCUUGGUGAAGAUAAUCUGAUUGGCAGCGGGUCAUCUGGGAAGGUUUACAAGGCUGUUCUUAGCAAUGGAGAGACUGUAGCUGUGAAAAAGCUAUGGGGAGGGUCGAAAAUGGUGGAAGAGAGCGAUGGUUUCGAGAAGGGUCAGAUUCAGGAUGACGGGUUUGAAGCAGAGGUGGAUACACUGGGGAAGAUUAGGCACAAGAACAUUGUCAAGCUCUGGUGUUGCUGUACGAGCGGGGACUGUAAGCUUCUGGUCUACGAGUACAUGCCUAAUGGGAGUUUGGGCGAUUUUCUUCAUAGCAACAAGAGUGGCCUGUUGGAUUGGCCUACGAGGUAUAAGAUCGCCAUGGAUGCAGCUGAAGGUCUCUCCUAUUUACAUCACGAUUGUGUUCCCCCGAUUGUGCAUAGGGAUGUGAAGUCGAACAAUAUCUUGUUGGACGGGGAUUUUGGUGCUCGGGUGGCAGACUUCGGGGUAGCCAAAGUGGUCGAUGCCAUCGGAAAGGGGAUCAAAUCCAUGUCUGUUAUCGCCGGUUCUUGUGGCUACAUCGCACCCGAAUACGCUUACACGCUGAGAGUGAAUGAGAAGAGCGACAUAUACAGCUUCGGGGUGGUCAUUCUGGAGCUGGUCACAGGGAGGCUCCCAAUUGAUCCAGAGUUCGGGGAAAAGGAUUUGGUCAAGUGGGUGUGCACCACAGUGGACCAGAAAGGCGUGGACCACGUACUGGACCCAAAGCUCGUUCCGGGCUUCAAGGAAGAGAUGUGCAGAGUCCUGAGCAUCGGGCUGCUCUGCACCAGCCCGCUCCCCAUCAACCGGCCCUCCAUGAGAAGGGUGGUGAAGAUGCUGCAAGAAGCGGGUGCCAAAAACCCAGCCAUGCUUGCCAGAGACGGCGGCAAACUGACACCCUACUACUAUGAAGACGCCUCCGACCAAGGAAACGUCGCCUGAGAAAAUCUCAAGGGAAGGAAAAGGAAUUGUGCUUGUUUUUAAAGGUAGCUUCUCAAUUCCUCCUUUUGCGUGUGUUUGGGUGGUGGCGCGAAAAUUGAAGAAGAAAAUUGCCAUGGCAUGCAUGGAGAUGGGAAUCAUGGGAUUUGCUUAGGGCUUAGGCUGCUUUAAAAGCAAGUUUAGGUUGCCAUCCAUCAGCUAGGUAGCUAUAUAUAUAUAUAUAUAUAUAAUUUGAAGUUUCUUUAUGGAUGUUGGUUGAUCAUUUCUUCUCAGAGUUAAGAGGCUUCUUCUGCAUUGUGAAAUAUCAAAACUUCCCAUGAACACUGGGAUCUCCUGUACUCGUCUGCCUCUUUAAAAUCCACCAUCUUCCUCUGCUCCUAAUUCUGUAACUAUAUAUUAUUAUGUUCCUCCUGUUCCGUACAAAAUAUAAGGAUUAAUUUCUCUUGCUCUCUCUU